CUGGCUCCAGGGCCGGAGCCGUGACGUCACGGCGGCUGGAAGUGCCCGGCGGUGGCGCGGGAGGGGGUGGCCGAGCCGGCGCCUUAUAAAGCUGAGCCCGCGAGGCGCGCAGAGCCGCAGCCGCGCGUCCCCAGUGUCACCCCAUCCCCAUCCCGCGGGCCACCGCCCCCUUGGACCUGGUCAUCUUGCCACCGCGGCCCUCUAUCCCCACCCCCCGUGGGGUGGGUAAGCGACAGCUUGAGUGCCGAGCAAAAGGGACAGAACACCUGCUUUUUGGGGUGCUGGCGCGGGGCAUGAGGCGAGGGGCGCGAUGUCGGUGCCGCUGCUCAAGAUCGGGGCGGUGCUGAGCACCAUGGCCAUGGUCACUAACUGGAUGUCGCAGACGCUGCCCUCACUGGUGGGACUCAACAGCACAGUGUCCCGCGCGGGCUCCUCGGAGAAAAUCACUCUCUUCCAGAGCCCGGAAGAGGGCUGGCAGCUCUACACCUCAGCCCAGGCACCCGAUGGCAAAUGCAUCUGCACAGCUGUGAUCCCUGCACAGAGCACCUGUGCCCGAGAUGGUCGGAGCCGAGAACUUCGGCAGCUCAUGGAGAAGGUCCAGAAUGUGUCUCAAUCCAUGGAGGUCCUGGAGUUAAGGACAUAUCGGGAUCUCCAGUAUGUUCGCAGCAUGGAGACGCUCAUGCGGAGUCUGGAUGCAAGGCUCAGGGCAGCUGAUGGGUCAGUCUCGGCCAAGAGCUUCCAGGAACUGAAGGACAGGAUGACUGAGCUGCUGCCCCUGAGCUCGGUGCUGGAGCAGUACAAGGCAGACACACGGACCAUCGUGCGCCUGAGGGAGGAAGUGAGGAACCUUUCUGGCAACCUGGCUGCCAUCCAGGAGGAAAUGGGCGCCUACGGGUACGAGGACCUGCAGCAGCGUGUGAUGGCCCUGGAGGCACGACUCCAUGCCUGUGCGCAGAAGCUGGGCUGUGGGAAGCUGACAGGGGUCAGUAACCCCAUCACCAUUCGGGCCAUGGGGUCCCGAUUCGGCUCCUGGAUGACGGACACAAUGGCCCCCAGUGCAGACAGCCGGGUCUGGUACAUGGAUGGUUAUUACAAAGGCCGCCGGGUGCUGGAGUUCCGUACUCUGGGAGACUUCAUCAAAGGCCAGAACUUCAUCCAGCACCUGCUGCCGCAGCCAUGGGCAGGUACAGGCCAUGUGGUGUACAACGGCUCUCUGUUCUACAACAAGUACCAGAGCAAUGUGGUGGUCAAGUACCACUUCCGGUCGCGCUCCGUGUUGGUGCAGAGGAGCCUCCCGGGGGCUGGCUACAACAACACCUUCCCCUAUUCCUGGGGUGGCUUCUCGGACAUGGACUUCAUGGUAGACGAGAGCGGGCUGUGGGCUGUGUACACCACCAAUCAGAAUGCGGGCAACAUUGUUGUCAGCCGGCUGGACCCUCACACCCUGGAGGUCGUGAGGUCCUGGGACACCGGGUACCCCAAGCGCAGUGCCGGGGAGGCCUUCAUGAUCUGUGGCGUCCUCUAUGUGACCAACUCUCACCUGGCCGGAGCCAAGGUCUACUUUGCCUACUUCACCAACACGUCCAGCUACGAAUACACGGAUGUGCCCUUCCACAACCAGUACUCUCACAUCUCCAUGCUGGAUUACAAUCCCAGGGAACGGGCCCUGUAUACCUGGAACAACGGGCACCAGGUGCUGUACAACGUCACCCUCUUCCAUGUCAUCAGCACUGCUGGGGAUCCCUAGGUGCCCCUGCAAAGGCUGUGGGGACCCUUCCCACACUGCCUGUGACCCCUCAGCCUUCUCUUGGUCAUGCCCUUCCCUCCUAGAUCCCUUCUCUCCCCACCUUCCCAGCCCAGCUUUCUGUUCUCUGUAUACCCAUCCAUGCAUUUUCUCCAGUUUACUGAUCUCUGCUUUUGAUACUUCACUUCUGAGUCUUUCUGCCUUUUUAUGGAUGCUUCUCUCCCUCGGUUCACACCGUCCUCUCCCCCCCCCCCCCCCCCCCCCCCCCCCCGUUUCCCACACACUCCUUACCCCUCACUCCCUCCGUACCUCUGGAUCUGAGUGCAUGGAUUUUUGUUUUAAUUUAUUAUUUACACAUUUUCUUUCCGGGUUGCCAGAAUAAACUGGACCUUUGACAUUUGA